CGCGGCUUCGCCAGUGUAGCAGACAGAGAGGCUCGUACGGUCGUGUCGUAUGAACGCCGCUGUGUUAAAGCGUUCGCCGCGAUUGCACCAUUCUACCGGCUUUGUGAUUACACGUUGUGCCACUAAUAAAUUGUGAAGUGCCCGAACUUUAAGUUUUAGACGGGAACCCUGUGUACUGACCCUAGACUUCGACUUUUCUAAGUGAAAGAUACUUUCUGUGAAGUGCAAGUUCCGCGAAGUUGUUUGCUCUUGAGUGCUAUAGUUUGUAAAGUGACAAAAACUACUAUUCUGCUAUAGUGUAACGUUUGCAUUCUUUCUUAUAGUUUAAGUGGAUUUCGAUCAUUGUUUUUGAUAAGUUUAAACUUUUGUCAACCUUUAUAUAAAAUAGAAGCUAUUGGAACUACAUUAUUUGAUGACCACUAGUUUACAGAUGAGAGAUACGAGUGCAGUUUAAAAAUGUCAUAAGGUUCUAAUUGGCAAUGAGAGGAUGAGCCAUGGAAUCACGAAGCGCGCCGCCAAGCCCCGACGAGGCGGGGGAGGCGGUGUACGACUCACAUUGCGUACGUUACCCGACACCAUCACUGCAAAGAACUUUUGCAAGUUGUCGCGAAACGACGCGACCUCGCCCUCAUCACCGCCACGCAACCUCAGAACCAGCACGGCCAGACGACCGUGUUCUUACGACUGCCGAAGUUCACGAUUAUCCUUCAUCAGAAUCAGGCAUCGCAGCCGACUGCCCUCAUGCGCAUACCAGCAACGCUGACGAUAGUCCUUCUUAUGACAGAUCUGACUAUGAAGGCAAUUCAAGUUAUAGUCUUAGGCGCACUUCAGAUUAUCAUCACACUAUUGAUUGUAAACAUCGUCCUGUAGACUAUAAUCGAAGUCAUACACCAGAUUAUAAUCAUGGACACGGCUCAGAUUGUGAUCGACCUUAUCCACGGUCUCAAACUUCCCGAAGACCCCAUAGAAAACAUAGACGAGAAGAAGAUGAUGGUGCACAGUCGCUGGAUGAACGAUGUGCUCGAGAUUUGGAUGAAAUUUUACCGGCGAGACUUGCUGCUGUCAAUUUAUCUAGAGAACCGCCUCCACAAACUUGGAAUAGAAGCAAUAUUGCAGCAACUAUGGAAAGAUUUGAACCUGUGGACUAUUCGUAUGCCUAUUAUGAUCAUCAUUUAUCGAUGCCUUCUUCAUCGAGAAAAACAAAUCGCCAAAGAGGACGUGGUGGCAUUCCUAAAGAUCGGUCUGCUCGUCAUAAUUAUGUUACAAGAUAUGGAACAGAAGAAAAUAUCUAUGAAGAAAUUACAGAUGGCUCAAGGACAUGUCCAAAACAUAGAUAUGUACCUAGGCAAUCAUUGGUCUCACUUGAUAGAAGUGUAGUUGAAGAAGAAGUACGCCGUGUAGAAUCCAGGCAUAAACGAAUUUUAGGGGAAUUAAACCUUAGCGUAGAAGCAAUGUUAAUGCCAGAAUGUGAGUCACCAGAUUCUGAACGGGCGGAAGAUAGAGAUAAUAUAGAGGAAUUACUCCGAGUAGGUCCAACUGAUGAAUUAUUAUCACCUGCUAGUUGCAAUCCUCCUGAUCUAGAUAGUGGUUUUAGCGGUAGCAGCAGUGGAGCAAGUUAUGUAGGUAGUUUGCGACGUAAGCCGACGGGAUCAGUGCCUCAUUUGCCUGCCGUAGCAUAUGGAACGCGUGGUGCUGGUGUACGCAUACUCGGUGCAGAAGAUUGUGGACUGAGAUGUCCUAAAGAUAUCCCUUCGCCGCGUAGUUCCAGUUGCGGGGAUGCGAAAACUAGCGGGUUUUGGAAUAAAAAAGCUUGGAAAAAAAUAUCGGGCUUUUCGAGCUCUAAUAGCAUCAACAAAGCUGGCCUCACCGAUGAAGCCUGUAGGCCAAGCAGAGCUAAAUCCAGAACAUCUACUAUACCAUACAGCUACUCCAACGGAAAACUGGUGGUGCCGCUGGAUUCCCUAGCACAGAGCUGAGGGGCCGAGUCCCCUUACCAUCCCCGCUUCGAACUCCUUCGAGGGGUUACUUAAUACAAAGGGACAGAACUGAAUGCAAAGAUUUGAUAAAACGCAAACAUUCAAUAUUGCUGAAACAGUUUUGUCGUAAACAUUCCAAAUUAAAAGAACACCUCAUAAUGUCUCAAAGACUUAUAGGUGUGCCAAUCUGUGUAAGUACGGUAAAAGACAUUCAACACUUAAAUGAGGUGUGUAUACGGUGAAGUGAUAGAAAAGCCUAAUUAAUUAUUUGUAUUGUUAUGGCAAACGUUUCAUAGAAACGCAGUGACUACGUUGUUGUUACUUAUCAAUUUUUAGUAGUUAAUAGGUACAUGAAAAGGCUGACGCAGUUGAAUCAGAUUUUGUAAAUGAUAAAUAAUGCUGCCAUUUUAUCUCUUAUAGUACUCGUUUGUGACAAUUUUGAUAUCUCAUUAUUAACUUUGCUGUAUAAAUGAAAAUCUAAUUGUAUAUAGUCUGUAUAAUUUCAUCUGAGUACCCUAAAAUGGUUUAUAUGUUACUUUGAAUAUGAUAGUGUGAACAAUUUAAACAAUAUUUAAGGAAGAUUCAAAUAAUUUAUUAAUUGUUCAUAACAAUAAUAAAAUAUCAAAAAGUAUUUGUAUAAUGGUGAUAGUCAUAAAUAGAUUAUUGUGCCUGAAGCAUUUCAUGUUUUUCUUUCCAAGAAAUAAUUGACUCAAUAGAAUUGUACGGCUUGCGGGCAAAAUUAUAUUAUCUUCUUUUAGAUGAUCAUUCUGUAGUUCGUUUAUUUUAAAACAAAAUAUAUAUUAUAUAGAUGGUCCAACCUAUUUAUUUUUAAUAUCUAUAAAAACGUGUAAAAAUUUUGUUUUAUUAAUAUAGAAUAAAAAUGUUAUUCCCGGAGAAUAAUUGUCAUUGUUAAUAAUUGUUAGUAUAGACUUGUAUAUUUUGUAAAUAUCUAAGAAAAAACAUGGUGCACCCUUUAUGUUACGUAUGUA